ACAGGCGCCGCCCAGAGGUCUGUGAAUCGAAACCGGCUUUCCGUGCGGCCAGUGUGGUGACGUAGAUGUCAGACUCAACCAAUGAGGGUCCGCAUUUCUGGGAGGAGGGCAGGAGAUAGCUGUCAUGGCCGCCUCCUGGAGAAGCCGUUCUGAAGUGAUAAUGAGCGGGUUACUGUACAGGGCAUGGGGCGCUGCUCGGUGCGGAGUGAGGCGCUUCCCCCUGCCCUGUUCCCGUCUAGUGCUCAGUGGUGGCUGUAGAGCGUCCAGCGGCUCUGUGGCUGUGGAGUUGUGCGGCAGAAAGUUGGAAAUUACUUCUGGGAAACUUGCGCGUUUUGCAGAUGGGUGUGCUGUAGUGAAGCUAGGUGAUACUUCAGUAAUGGUAACUGCUGUGAGCAAGACAAAGCCUUCUCCAUCUCAGUUCAUGCCAUUAGUGGUAGAUUAUAGACAAAAAGCUGCUGCUGCAGGAAGAAUACCUACAAAUCAUCUAAGAAGAGAGCUCGGGUCUACUCCCCAUGAAAUUCUUACCAGCAGAAUAAUAGAUCGGUCAAUUCGGCCCUUGUUUCCCUCUGGGUACUUCUAUGAUACACAGAUCCUAUGUAAUUUACUGGCGGUGGAUGGCGUCAAUGAACCUGAUGUGUUGGCCAUAAAUGCAGCUUCUGCUGCACUUGCACUGUCAGACAUACCUUGGAAUGGACCAGUUGGUGCUGUGAGAAUUGGUCUGGUUGAUGGAGAAUUCAUUGUUAAUCCCACCAGAAAACAGAUGUCUACAAGUUCAUUAAACUUGGUAGUCACUGGCAAGCCCCAAAGCCAAGUAGUCAUGCUUGAAGGCGCAGCAGAAAAUGUAUUACAACAGGAUUUCUGCCACGCUGUUAAAUUAGCGGUGAAGCAAACAAAUCAAAUAAUUCAGGUUAUAGAGGAACUCGCUAGAAAGCACGGGAAAGAGAAGAGGGUUGUGGAGAAAAUGUUCACACCUCCUGCUGAGAUUAUAGACGUUUCAAAAAGUCUUGCAUCUGAGAAGAUAUAUGCAGUCUUUUCUGAUUUCACCCAUGACAAGAUCUCUAGAGAUGAAGCUAUAAACAAGAUUAGGCUACAAACAGAGGAAGUAAUAAGAGAAAAAUUCCCGAAUGCAGAUCCAUAUGAAAUAAUAGAUUCUUUCAAUGCUGUUUCAAAAGAAGUUUUUAGAAACAUCAUCUUGAAUGAACACAGAAGAUGUGAUGGCAGAGACUUUACAUCUCUCCGAAAUAUCAGUUGUGAAGUUGAUCUUUUGAAACCUCUCCAUGGUUCUGCCUUAUUCCAGAGAGGCCAAACACAGGUUCUUUGUACAGUUACUUUUGACUCCAUUGAAUCAAGUUUGAAAGCUGAUCACAUUACAACAGCAAUAAGUGGUGUGAAAGACAAGAAUUUCAUGCUGCAUUAUGAGUUCCCCCCAUAUGCAACAAAUGAAAUUGGCAAGGUUGUGGGAAUGAACCGGAGAGAACUUGGUCAUGGUGCUCUAGCAGAAAAAGCCUUAAGAGCUGUCAUUCCUAAAGACUUUCCCUUCACAAUAAGAGUGACUGCAGAAGUAUUAGAGUCGAAUGGUUCUUCAUCAAUGGCAUCUGCUUGUGGAGGCUCUUUAUCAUUGAUGGAUGCAGGUGUACCUAUUUCUGCUCCUGUCGCUGGUGUUGCAGUUGGAUUAGUGACCAAAUACAAUUCUGUAAAGAACGAUGAAAUUGAAGAUUACUGCAUACUUACCGAUAUAUUAGGCAUUGAAGAUUACAUGGGUGAUAUGGAUUUUAAAAUGGCUGGUACCAGCAAAGGAAUAACUGCUUUGCAGGCAGAUAUUAAAAUCCCAGGGUUGCCACUAAAAGUUGUUAUGGAAGCUAUCCAGCAGGGGAGUGUGGCAAAAAGAGAAAUUCUGCAAAUCAUGAAUAGGACCAUUGCAAAGCCACGGGAAGUAAGGAAAGGGAACAGCCCUGUAACAGAAAACAUCCAAGUGCCUUUAUCCAAGAGAACAAGAUUUGUUGGUCCAGGAGGAUAUAAUUUAAAAAAACUGCAAGCUGAAACAGGAGUAACAGUUAGUCAGUUAGAUGAAGAAACUUUUUCUGUUUUUGCCCCAACACCGAGUGCAAUGCAAGAAGCUAGGGAGUUCCUUAAUGAAUUGUGUAAAGAUGAUCAAGAGUUUAAUUUGGAGUUUGGAGCCAUUUAUACAGCCACCAUAACAGAAAUCAGGGAGAUUGGAGUAAUGGUGAAGCUUUACCAAAACAUGACGCCUGUUUUGCUUCAUAAUUCACAACUUGACCAUCGAAAAAUACAACAUCCUAGUGCAUUGGGUUUAGAAGUCGGAAAUGAAAUCCAGGUAAAAUACUUUGGCCGUGAUCCAACUGAUGGUAGAAUGAGGCUUUCUCGGAAAGUUCUCCAGUCACCUGCUAGUACUGUGGCCAAAACACUAAGUGAUCGUAAUAGUAUUAUCAUGAGUGGAGUGGGCUCUUCAACAUCACCUUAGACAAUAUCUUGAAGUUAUUUCCCAUCCAUGUGAAUGAACAUCUCACUCUGUUUGUAUAUUCUGUAGAUAAUGUAUUUUAAAUACUUGAUAAAUAAAAUGUAUUUCGUACAAUCUUAA